AUGUUACCACGCCUGGUUGCUAGACGGCCAAUCGGCUCCUUAAGCUGCGUUUUACGCGCAAACACUACUGCGUUGAAGUCGCCGCUAGUUUGCUUAUUGCAACGCUACACGUUUACCACAUCAUCAGCGAUCCUCAGUCAGCAGGAGGAGGGAAACGGUGCUCCCGACGGGAGCCAGAAACUAGGGAGUUUCAAGGUGGAUAAGCCGAUGCUUAUGAUCGCGUUCACCUGUAAGAAGUGCAGUACCAGGUCAUCGCAUACAAUGUCCAAACAGGCUUACACUGGCGGGACUGUGUUGAUUACAUGUCCCUCCUGCAAGAACAGGCACCUGAUAGCUGACCAUUUGAAGAUUUUCCGUGAUGACCGUGUCACCAUCGAAGAUAUCCUGAAAGCCAAAGGCGAGUCUGUGUCGUCCAGCACUGACGACCUGGUGUUUGAAGAUAUUCCAAAAGACCUACAAAGCGUCAUUGGACACCAUGCCAGGGACGCACCCGAGGAUCUGCGGCGAAAGCUCGACAAUGAGACAAUUCAUGCGUUACCAGAGAAUCGCAAGACGGAUUGA